CGAUGACUCUUCCACGCUUCUCCGCUUUUCCUUUCCCUCUUUUUUAUCAUUCGCUGUGAAGAGAGAGGACCCUCCCCUCCGGCUUCGUUCCAAUCGUGGCUUUGUUGCUUGUGCGAUCUUGAAUCUCAGGCGAGAGAGCGAGGGAUCUGCCAAGUUUUUCAGAUCGGAGAGAAAGAGAUAAGAUGUCUUUCAUUGGGACGCAGCAGAAGUGCAAGGCUUGUGAGAAGACGGUGUAUCCGAUGGAUCAGCUGAUGGCCGAUGGGAUCGCUUAUCAUAAGUCCUGCUUCAAGUGCAGCCACUGCAAAGGAACCCUCAAGCUUAGCAAUUUCUCUUCGAUGGAAGGUGUUCUGUACUGCAAGCCUCAUUUUGAGCAGCUCUUCAAAGAGAGUGGUAACUUCAACAAAAACUUCCAGUCAGCUGUAAAGUCUGCUGAAAAGUUGACACCUGAACUGACAAGGUCCCCUAGCAAAGCUGCUGGCAUGUUUUCAGGAACUCAAGAGAAAUGUGCCACUUGCGGCAAAACUGCUUAUCCACUUGAAAAGGUUACUGUUGAAGGACAGGCAUAUCACAAGUCUUGUUUCAAAUGUUCCCAUGGGGGAUGCCCCAUUUCACCAUCAAACUAUGCUGCUCUUGAAGGCAUUCUCUACUGCAAGCACCAUUUUGCCCAGCUAUUCAAGGAAAAGGGGAGCUACAACCAUUUGAUCAAGUGUGCCUCCAUCAAGCGUACAACACCAGCAGCAGCAGCAGCAGCAGUUCCAGAUGCAUGAUCUUUUUACUGCAUUUUACAUGCUUCACCGUCUCCUGUGUCCAUUGAGGUGGGAUUUUAUCUGAGUGAUUCUAUUGUUAUCUGAUGCCCUGCAAAAGUUGGCAUCCGUUGUUCCAUUUCUUCUGUGUCUGUGUGAGAUCUCUUCGGAGAUGUAAGAAUUUAUUUUCUAAAAAAACUAUUUUACGCAUGAAUUCAUAGCUGUUUGUGGGUGUGUGUCUUAUGAUCA